CGCAAAGGUCCAUGAUCUUGGUAAUGGCCAAAUCUGGCGGAAUUUGCCAAAAUGUGGCGCAUGCCCCGAUGGCGCACACGCGACUCACCAUCAUCAACAUCACCGCUCGUCAAUCUCGAAGGUGACUUGGCCAUUAUGGACGCAGGGCUGAACUAUUUCUUCGCUGCACAGUACUGUAAAGGUGGCUGGGGCGGUGAGCUUUUGUAACAUAACAAAGUUUCAUAUAUAGGCUUUCAGAUUGGAUUGGACAGCUACGUUUAAGUUUAUUAGUCACCGUUAAUUGUGUGUUAGCCACACCACGUCUCGGACUCUCUUUUCAGUAUAAAUGUGGCCACUUGCUGCCAGAUUGAUGGCAUUCAGUUGUGAGCAGUUGUUUGGUUAAGGAAGUCAACAUGAUCAAGGUUGCGUGUAUUUUGCUGUUUGUGGCAGUGACGGCCACCUCUGGAGGCUUCCACCAGGAGCACCAUCAGCCAGAACAUCACCACGGGGAGCAUCACCAUCACGAAGAUCACCACGCGCAUCCCAAGUACAAGUUCGAGUACGGAGUUAAGGACCACAAAACCGGAGACCACAAGAGCCACUGGGAGGAACGCGACGGAGAUGUCGUGAAGGGACAGUACACGCUGCAUGAGGCUGAUGGCACGGAACGGGUUGUGAAGUACACGGCCGAUCAUCACAACGGGUUCAACGCGGUAGUGGAGACGGUUGGACAUGCCGUGCAUCACGAGCAUCAUCACGAGCCGCAGCAUCACCACGUGGAACACCACCCGGUUCACGAGCAUCAUCACCACGAGAAGCAUCAUCAGCAACGGUCGGGGCAUUACGACCAUGGGGAGAGUUACAGUAAGCUGUCCCGGUAUGAUUAGGGAGAGUGACUAGAUAUCUGUGAUAUGUGAUGUAGGGAUUUCCAAAGAAGUUAAAAUAUAGAA